AGGACACAAAGAUCUGUACAAGAACGUCAUGAUGGAGGAUCACCAGCCACCAAUUAAAGAAGAGAGAACAACUCCCAGUCCUCUUCUUCUACAGGAUGAGAGAUGUCCCAGUCCUCUUCUACCUGAUGAGAGAUGUCCCAGUCUUCUUCUACAGUAUGAGAGAUGUCCUAAUCCUCUUCUUCUAUGGGAUGGUUCAGAAGAACAUCAAACCAUUCCAUAUGAUGGUCAAAUAGAUGGAAAUAAGGUUUUAAAUCUGGGUAAAGAUCUGAACAAUAUUAAGGCUGAAGAUAUAUAUGUGAGGGGUGAUGAGCAGAUCAUAGAGGACAUUCCCACCGAUAACCACCCAGAUGACUGUACCAGGAGCUCAGAGAAACACGUGAUGUCAGAUUUUAGAGCAGAUGAUUGUGGUGUCACAGAAGAGACACAUGAAGAGCAUGCCAUUAUCUCAGAUAUAUCCUCAGCCUUGCACAGCAAAGAUCUAUCAUCUGGUCCUUUUGAUGGAUUUCAAUCUUCUGAUUCAUCACAGACUGUUAAGCAACAUAAAAGCCACAAAAGAAGUGUUCAUCAUAAAAGAAGUCACACAGAGGAGAAUGCUUUUUCAUGCGCAGAAUGUGGGAAAUCUUGUAAAUUUAAAUCAGAUCUUAUUAGACAUCAGAGAACUCACACAGGAGUGAAGCCAUUUUCAUGUUCAGAAUGUGAAAAACAUUUUAACUCUAAAUCACAUCUUGUUGUACAUGAGAGAACUCACACAGGGGAGAAGCCAUUUUCAUGUUCAGAAUGUGGGAAAUGUUUUCUGCAGAAAUCACAUCUUCUUAACCAUCAGAAAAUUCACACAGGGGCAAAGCCAUUUUCUUGUUUAGAAUGUGGGAAAUGUUUUCCUUAUAAAUCAACUCUUGUUAGACAUGAGAGAAGUCACACAGGGGAGAAGCCAUUUUCUUGUUUAGAAUGUGGGAAAUGUUUUAUAACUAAAUCAACUCUUGUUAACCAUCAGAGAACUCACACAGGGGAGAAGCCAUUUUCUUGUUUAGAAUGUGGGAAAUGUUUUAUAACUAAAUCAACUCUUGGUAAACAUCAGAGAACUCACACAGGGGAGAAGCCAUUUUCUUGUUUAGAAUGUGGGAAAUCUUUCAUAAUUAAAUCCAGUCUAGUUGCACAUCAGAGAAUUCACACAGGGGAGAAGCCAUUUUCUUGUUUACAAUGUGGGAAAUGUUUUACUGAUAAAUCAACUCUUGUUAUACAUGAGAGAAGUCACACAGGGGAGAAGCCAUUUUCUUGUUUAGAAUGUGGGAAAUGUUUUAUAACUAAAUCAACUCUUGGUAAACAUAAGAAAAGGCACACAGAGGAGAAGCCAUUUUCUUGUUUACAAUGUGGGAAAUGUUUUACUGAUAAAUCAACUCUUGUUAUACAUGAGAGAACUCACACAGGGGAGAAGCCAUUUUCUUGUUUAGAAUGUGGGAAAUGUUUUACUAAUAAAUCAACUCUUGGUAAACAUAAGAAAAGGCACAUAGGGGAGAAGCCAUUUUCUUGUUUAGAAUGUAGGAAAUCUUUCAUAAAUAAAUCCAGUCUAGUUGCACAUCAGAGAAUUCACACAGGGGAGAAGCCAAUUUCUUCUUUAGAAUGUGGGAAAUCUUUCAUACAGAAAUUGGACCUUAAAAUAUCUAUAAUCUGA